CUUUCAGCCCCACGACAUGUAACUGAUUGCUCUUCCUUUUUGAUUUUCUUGCAAAUUUCUGGUGACAAGUACCCAUUCUCUAAAGGAUCACUGUACAAAGUACACUCAAUGUUUUAUCAUCACUAUCAUCACCGUCGCACACACAACAGAUUAGUAAGGAACGAAGGUAGUGGGAAGUAAAGGAAAUUCCCGAUUAUAUGUACAAGACGGUCGAGGUUUCUCAUGCAAUGUCUCACCCUUUAUACUUCAAACUGACCUCAACUGCAUUAAGUUCAACACGCUAGAUAAGCCUUCUUAGCAUGUUGUUUGAUAAGGCCUACAGGGUCGACAUCGCUUGAGAACGGACCUGUAUCUCACGUGUGAGCAAUCACAGGUAACCAUUGUGCUAAAAAUAGCUUUGUAGACAUCCACAAUGGCGACUGAACUCUUUCUCAGAAAGUGAAGCACAAAAAAACUCGAUGUAUUUCUCGUAAUGAACCUGGGUUUUUGUUGCAUGUAAUCUAGCUGCAUCCCUGUGGAAAUCCAUGCACAAGACACAGGUUUAUGUUUGCAACUUCAAGGUUGACUUGUAGUAAAAUGGACAUCCAUCUCAUGCAGUCGUCGUUUACUCUUCACAUGGUUGUAGCAACACUUGUCUGGAUUCUUUACAUCUCAUCUCGUGCCCCAGUAUCUGCGCAAGGUGGCCAAAUAAGCUGCAGCGUUCAGUCCGUGAAGUUUAAGGGAAACACUUCGCUGAUUUGUCAUUUUCCUGAAAAUGUUCAACAGACGAGGAGGGAUUUCACUGUCUACUAUUACAGAAACAAGGAACGUCCAGACGCAGUGCUGGACUGCUGGUGGCUGUCGGGAAAUGUCGACUGCUUCAUUGCAACAGGAUACAAGUUCAGCAAAAAAAUAUCCAGGGAAAUAUUCCUUGAGAUUCCAGUAGUUUCAGGACCUCAGAUUGGCUCAUACGCUUGUCAGCUUUGCUAG